UAACUCAGAAAUAGAAAGCAAAACGGUUUAACAAAAGAUCUGGGCAUUUCUUAGGCAAGUGGAUUAUUGAAUUUGCUGCAGGUAGCCAUAGGCAGAAAAUCUAUGGCUGCCUGUUUCAUUAAUACUACUGGCAUGAAAAUUCUGUAACUGCUUAGAAAAAAAGAGCUGAAAUGGAUUUACAAAACAUUCCCUAUCGCUCAGUGGUGGUUGCUUGGAGCCCAGAUGACCUGGCAGACUACUUCAAAAAAUUAAAGUAUAAGGACUGUGAAAAAGUCGUCAGAAAACACAGCAUAAGUGGACAAAGGUUUUUGAACAUGUCUGAAAAUGAUAUUCAGAAAUUUCCCAAACUGAGUGUGCCAAUUCUAAGUAAGUUAAGUCAAGAAAUCAAUAGGAACGAGGGAAGAAUAAGUUUCUUCCCAAAACGGACCCAGACGCAGAAGUUUGCUGACAAUACAGGAUGCUGUCAAGAAGAGGAAGAAGGCUGGUCUUCAUUUGAAGAAGAUGAUUAUGAAAGCCCAGAUGAGGAACAGGAACAAGACGCCGACUAUGAAUCACCAACUGAUGAACCAGGACAUGACAGUGAUGAUUAUGAACCUCCUCCAUCCAACAAUGACGUAGCACCCCAUAAUGUCAUAUUUCCUGCCAAGUCAAUUCCAAGCAACACUGAGUACAUAGAUAGACCCACAACUGCUAGACCAUCUCCCCAGCCUCCUAUUCCACCACAGCGACCUGGCCCAUCCCCUGUACCAGCAGCAUAUCCGGGUAGAGUCACUCCUAUGUCACCUUAUCCUCCUCCAUCAAGCAAUAAUGAUGUGAAUAGAGAUAAAAGUGCCAAGCCUUUAAAACCCCCAGCUCCUUCUAUAGACAGACGUACAAAACCCUCACUGGAUCGUCCUGGGCCAACGUUUGAAAGAGACAGCCCAGCAGCAGGGAAGAGGGCAGUGUUUCCUGACAAGCCCAUGGCACCACAACUAAGAUCUCUGGGAGAACAAUUAGCAAAGAUACAAAAGCCUCCCAUACCACCAGCCGAUAAACAUGAAAGAGGCAAUACAGUCCCUGGAAGGAAGCCACCACCCGUAAAGCAAGGCUGGGCACCAGAAAGAAGAUAUGAUGAAGAUGAUGAGUCAAUCCCCCAGAGACCGGCACCACAGCUAUCUUUGCCCCCCUUCAGUUCCAACACAUUCCCUUCAAGGUCUGUCAAGCCACCACCUAAACACAGUCCUUCAGGAUCCAACAGUAUGCCUGGAUCAUAUGCAGAAAGUACUAACAGCCUUUCUUCAAGUGGAUCACUACCACCACGCUUUCAGCUAGGUAACAUCAAUAGAGCUCCUUCAAAAGGCCCAGCAGAUGGCAGACCUCCAUUACCAAUUCCUAACAGGCAGAUUGUGCAGCCACCAAGCAUGGAGGAAGACGAGUUUCAGGAUUCACUGAAUGAAGAGUGGUAUGUUGCAGACAUCAGCCGGCAGGAAGCAGAAGCAGCUCUUAGGAAUAUAAAUAAGGACGGGACAUUCUUGGUGAGAGACAGCUCAAGAAAAACUAAUACACAUCCAUAUGUACUGAUGGUAUUAUACAAAGAUAAAGUAUAUAAUAUUCAGAUUCGUUACCAGGAGCAAAAUCAAGUUUACUUGUUGGGAACUGGCCUGAAAGGAAAAGAGGAUUUUUCUUCAGUGGCAGAUAUUAUUGAUUACUUUCAAAGAACACCCCUUCUGCUGAUUGAUGGAAAAGACCGAGGUUCAAGAAACCAAUGCAAGUUAACAUAUGCUGCAGGAUCUACUUAGAAGAAAGCUUAAUGUCUGGGAUCAACGGUCUACAAGAGCAUA